CAAGGUGGGACUUAGGGCUGAGAGCUGUCAAUUGGUCAGCGUACGAGAUCGACGGUUGUAGUGACUAAUGGGAACAAGCGACUUCCGAUGGGGGCCCCACCAAAGGGGAGCUGGAGGUGCUGGCGGCGGCGGCAGUCGUAGACGGACGCUGCUCAGGGCGGAAGACCUCCCGCAGACGGAGCUUAUCUUUGACGGUCUCCGUCUGCCUCUGCCCUUGACUUGUGACGCUAGGCCCUUUUGGGCUCCUCUGACCCAACUAGCCAGACUCCAGACCCAAACCAUGUUCCCGGUGAAGGUGAAAGUGGAGAAAUCAGGAAGUCCCAGGGCUGGCCAGAGCAUAUCCCCAAGUGUCCUUCCAGGCUCUGAGCACUGUGCCAAAGCACCUACUAGCUGGAAGAGGAGAGCAAACACCUCACAGGAGUUGGAGAUGGCCAAGGCCCGGAACCAAUUGGAUGCCGUUCUACAGUGUCUGCUGGAGAAGAGUCACAUGGACAGGGAGCGCCUGGAUGAGGAAGCCAGGAAGACCCCCUCAGACACCCACAGCAAGGAUUGCUCCAUUGUGGCCACUGGCAAACGGCCAUCUGCCCGCUUCCCCCACCAGCGGAGGAAGAAGAGACGGGAGAUGGAUGAUGGGCUGGCCGAAGGAGGGCCACAGCGAUCUAACGCGUAUGUGAUCAAGCUGUUUGACCGGAGUGUGGACUUGGCUCAGUUCAGUGAGAACACACCGCUGUAUCCAAUCUGCCGUGCCUGGAUGCGCAACAGCCCCUCAGUGCGUGAGCACGAACGCUCACCCAGCUCACCGCUGCCCCCGCUGCCUGAGGAUGAGGAGGGUUCAGAGGUCACCAUCAGCAAGAGUCGUGAUGUGUACAAGUUGCCUCCUCCCACAGCCCCUGGGCCACCUGGAGAUGCCUGCAGAUCCCGAAUUCCAUCCCCACUGCAGCCUGAGACACAGGGUACCCCUGAGGAUGAGCCCUCUGAACCCUCACCCUCACCUUCCACACUCAUCUAUCGCAACAUGCAGCGCUGGAAACGCAUCCGCCAGAGGUGGAAGGAGGCAUCUCAUCGGAACCAGCUUCGUUACUCAGAAAGCAUGAAGAUCCUACGGGAGAUGUAUGAACGACAGUGAUGUUCCCCUGACCCCAAUAAACAUUUCCCCUCUUUACACUGGC